AUGGCGACGGCCACUGGGUCCUCGGAUUUGGCCGGCUCCGGGGCGCCCCCGCCUGGCGGGGGAGUCCAAGCGGCUGCAGCUGAGGAGGAGGAGCGAGAAGUGGUACGGGUCCGAGUCAAGAAAUGUGAGAGCUUCUUGCCACCUGAGUUCCGCUCUUUUGCUGUUGACCCUCAGAUCACCUCACUCGAUGUGUUGCAGCACAUCCUCAUCCGAGCAUUUGACUUGAAUGGGAAGAAGAACUUUGGCAUCAGCUACCUGGGCCGGGACCGGCUGGGGCAGGAAGCUUACCUCUCGCUCCUGUCUGACUGGGACCUCAGCACAGCCUUCGCCACUGCCUCCAAGCCUUACCUGCAGCUGCGUGUGGAUAUUCGGCCCACUGAGGACAGCCCGCUGCUGGAAGACUGGGACAUCAUCAGCCCCAAGGAUGUCAUCGGCUCGGACGUGCUGCUGGCUGAGAAACGGUCAUCGCUGACGGCGGCCGCCCUGCCCUUCACGCAGUCCAUCCUCUCCCAGGUGGGUCGCACCCUGUCCAAGGUCCAGCAGGUGCUGAGCUGGUCGUACGGGGAGGACGUCAAGCCUUUCAAGCCGCCCCUGAGCGAUGCUGAGUUCCACACGUACCUGAACCACGAGGGCCAGCUCUCCCGGCCCGAGGAGCUGCGCCUGCGCAUCUAUCACGGCGGUGUGGAGCCCUCCCUGCGCAAGGUGGUGUGGCGCUACCUGCUGAACGUGUACCCAGACGGGCUGACAGGCCGCGAGAGGAUGGACUACAUGAAACGGAAGAGUCGGGAAUACGAGCAGCUUAAGAGCGAGUGGGCACAGCGAGCCAGCCCCGAGGACCUGGAGUUCAUCCGCAGCACCGUCCUCAAGGACGUGCUGCGCACCGACCGGGCCCACCCCUACUACGCGGGGCCCGAGGACGGCCCGCACCUGCGCGCCCUGCACGACCUGCUCACCACCUACGCCGUCACCCACCCGCAGGUGUCCUACUGCCAGGGCAUGAGCGACCUCGCCUCGCCCAUCCUCGCCGUCAUGGACCACGAGGGCCACGCCUUCGUCUGCUUCUGCGGCAUCAUGAAGCGCCUGGCCGGGAACUUCCACCCCGACGGCCGCGCCAUGGCCACUAAGUUCGCGCACCUCAAGCUGCUGCUGCGCCACGCCGACCCCGACUUCUACCACUACCUGCAGGAAGCUGGUGCUGACGACCUCUUCUUCUGCUACCGCUGGCUGCUGCUGGAGCUCAAGCGCGAGUUCGCCUUCGACGACGCCCUGCGCAUGCUCGAGGUCACGUGGAGCUCGCUGCCCCCCGAUCCUCCCGAGCACGAGGUGGAGCUCAUCGGACCCCCGAGCCAAGUGGCGGACGCCGGCUUCGGCAGCCCCCGGGGGCGGCCCGUGCGGCAGAGGCACAUGCUGAGGCCUGCUGGCGGGGGAGGCGAUGCUUUUGAAGAUGCGGUGGACCACCUGGCCAUGACCGGUCAGGGGCCCGGUGGCGGGGGACGUCUCCUGAGACAGGCCAGUUUGGAUGACUUCCAGCAGCUCAGGGACACCACCAGCCCCAGGAGGGACCCUCGGAUCCAGCUGCCCCACCCAGUCGCCCUCAUCAGCUCCAAGUCCCUCUCGGAGCCCUUGCUGAACUCCUCAGACCCACUGCUCUCCUCUUCCCGCCCCGACUCGCCGUCCUCCUCGUCUCCGCCAUCCUCCCAGGAGGCCUCUCCUGCUGGUGAUGUGGCGGCAGGGUCCCCCCUGAUGCCCGAGGCGGGCUCCCCACAGGACCCUGGGAAGUCUCUGCCACCCCCACACCCAUUGGGCCUGCCUCCGCCCCAGGAGUUUGGCCAGGGGAACCCGUUCAUGCUCUUCCUCUGCCUCGCCAUCUUGCUGGAGCACCGCGAUCACAUCAUGCGCAACGGGCUGGAUUACAACGAGCUGGCCAUGCACUUUGACCGCCUCGUGCGGAAACACCACCUGGGGCGCGUGCUGCGCCGGGCCAAGGCCCUCUUCGCCGAUUACCUGCAGUCCGAGGUGUGGGACUCCGAGGAGGGGGCCGAGGCCACCGCCCCGCUGUAA